AUGGUAUUUGAGCAAUCAUCUGGGGCCAUGGAUGGAGACAAAGGAGGAGGAAAAGACGUUGGAGGAGCUCAACUCAAGAGGGUUGAUUCCUUGGAAGCAGAGUUAGGGCAUUUGAAUGAUCGAAUGGAGACUCAAGGGUACCAGAUCCAACACCAGGCCGAUUCCAUCGCUUCAAUGCAGAUGAAGAUCGACCAGAAGUUUGAAGAGGUUCUGAAGGCUCUCAGCAAAGGGAAAAAGACAGCAGAAGGAGAAAUUUUUGACGAACCUGUUUCUUCCAUGAUGGAAACACUGAAGGAAACUAGUGGAGUCUCAAGACCAGUCGCGAUUGGCGGUUCUGGUGGUAGCAGCGACGGAGGCGGCCGGUCGCCGGGAGGCGACUAUGGCAGUGUGACCAACUGGAGAUUUCGAAAGCUGGAUAUGCCCUUGUUUGAUGGUGAAAAUCCAGAUGGGUGGAUUCUGAGGCAAAACAUUAUUUCAAAAUUUUCAAACUCUCAGAAGCCGAUAAGCUAG